AUGGACCACGACACGCACGACAGCCACGAAACCAGCGUGGGGGAACAAGCACCACAAGAAUCACAGCCAGAACAGCCGGAACAAUUGGAUAUAUUUUCUGCUGCUCAGCGUGGUGAUACCGCUUGCAUUCACAAUCUCAUUUCGAAUCGCAAGGCCAACGUGAAUGACAGGGAUAUUGAGAAUAUAACUCCGCUCCAUUGGUCUUCAAUAAAUGCUCAAUUAGAUACUUGCACCUAUUUACUUGAAAAUGGCGCCCAAGUAGAUUCAUUCGGUGGUGAACUCGUGUCAACGCCUUUACAAUGGGCGGCUAGAAACGGACACUUAUACGUACUCCAUACUCUCAUCAAACACGGCGCUGAUCCCUCCAUCGUUGACAGCCAGCGCUUCAACGCUCUACACUUGGUUGUACACUCAAGCGUUAUCAUGGCCGUCUUCUAUAUCCUUCAACAGAACGUUGAGAUCGAUGCUCCUGAUAUUCAAGGUCACACUCCACUCAUGUGGGCUGCAUACCAAGGCGAUGCUCUCUCUGUAGACGCUCUCAUCAGACACGGUGCCAAUGUCAACAAAUCUGAUCAUGCUGGUCUUACUCCUUUACAUUGGGCUACUGUUAGAGGCAACAGAGUCUGCUUGAGACAUAUCAUCGAAGCAGGCGGUGAUUUAUCCGCAAGAUCAAACGACGGUAAAACUCCUCUUGCUAUGGCACACGAAUUGAAAUCUAUCGGUGCUUAUAGACGCGCUUUAGCUGAUGGCGGCAGAAAUGAAGACGGUCGCGUGCGCGAUAAACCCUUAUCAGAUCGUAACACAAACAUUGUCAUCUUCUUUAUACCAGUUUUCUUCAUGGGUCUCAUCUUCUGGACCCUCUCCUCUUUACCCUCUUACAUGGCCAUUCCAAUUGCUAUCGGUGAGUCGUAUGCGCAAUUUCACAUUGUCGCAAAAGUCCUACUUGACAAUCGGGGUCAAAACAACGAGCUUGUCAAGACUCCUUUCCUUGCUUCUAUAGUUCUUUCCUCCAUGCUUUGGCUCACCUACUGCUGGGUUACUAGACUAGUAUGGAACACUAUGGAACAUCCUUUGGCAAACGUACUCUUCAUCAUCAGCUUGACUGUAUGUGUAUGGAACUUCCUCAGAGCCAUUCACCUAGAUCCUGGCACUGUGCCCAGGCCAUCCAGUCAGUCUGAAAUUAAGCAGCACAUCGAGGAGCUCGUUUCGGAGGGAAGGAUGAAUGGUCAAAAUUUCUGCAUCUAUACUUUGUGCAAGAAGCCACUCCGUAGUAAAUAUGACAGAGUCACGAACAAGCUCGUCGCUAGAUUCGAUCAUUACUGCCCAUGGGUGUGGAACGCCAUCGGAAGUAACAACCAUAGGCAAUUUAUCUGCUUUCUUGUGAGCAUGAUUGUUGGUAUAAUCACAUUUGACAAGCUGUCAUUUGAAAUGUUCAAACAAAUAUCACCCACAUACACCUUUGACGAUAUAGACGCCGACAUGCAGUUCUGCUUGAUGCCGCAGAACCUGUGCAUUGCAUCGCAUCAAGACGGCUUCCUGUUCUCAAUGUCCGCAUGGCUCACCUUGCAACUCUCAUGGACGAUAGUUUUGCUAUGCACACAACUGUGGCAAAUAGCCAGGCAGCUGACGACGAUGGAAGUGACGAAUCUGGGUCGCUUCGGCUUUAUGGGAGGUAAAGGGACUAGCGCAGCGGAACAGCAGGGUAUGGUAAACAAGCAUCGCCAGCUACUCGCCAAUAACCCCAACGUCAAUCCACCCAAGGUACAAAAACCAAACUUACUACUACAAAUUUUAGGUCUGGAUAGAUUUACCAAGGGCAAAGCGGGAGAAGGUUUGGCUAAAUCAUCCAAGACGAAUAACCCAUUCAAUAUCGGCAUUGUUGGCAAUUGCUUGGACUUCUGGACUAAUGGCAAGCAGCUUGGUGUUGACUGGACGCAGGUCUACGAGAUACCGGACGAAGGAUUCAAAGAGAGGCGUAGGAAAGACAAAGGAAAGGCACGCGAGAAAGAUGGCGAGAAUGUGCUGCCCUCGCUUGGAAUGCGUCGGAUGAUGUCAUUCGGUAGAUUUAGGAAUAACAACGCAUAUCAACCCGUUCACGAUACUUCUGAGCAGGUGUAA